UGAACAAGAUCACAAAAAAUAAUUUUUUGAAGUGCUUCGAGGAUUGGAAAAAACGUUGGCACAAGUGUAUAAUACCUGAUGUGGAUUACUUUGGAGGAGACAAAAUAGAUAUUCAUGAAUAAAUAAAUAAUUUUUGAAAAAACACAAAAUUCGCGAUACUUUUUGAACAGACCUCGUAUAUGUGAACACCUAGGCACAUACAGGAUAAUUCUGAGAUAUCUGGUGUUAUCUGGUUAAUAAUUACAAUAAGUUUGUUAUUUAUUCCGAAAUUAAGAUACUCUAUUUUAAUAUUGUGAUUUUACAGGCAUUUUCGUAAUUUAAUAUAAGCAUGUCUUAAUUAGACGAAAUGAAUCUGGGCGAUUAAUCGAUACAUAUAUCAAAGUGAAUGUCGACCUCUAAAUUAAUUAAUCGCGUCGAUUAAAUAAAAUUAUAUAAUGUAUAUGCAUUUAUUUACAGGUAUCUAUAGAUAUUUUAUCGAUUAUAUCUAAAAUAUUAUUUAAAAAGACUAAAGAAAACUAACUUAGAAGUCGACAAUGUAAUCGCGAAAAAGACAAACGAGAAGGAGAGAGAGAGAGAGAGUGUGUGUGUGUAUGUGUGUGUGUGUGUGUGUGCGCAAGUAUGGCGUAUGUACAUGCGCGCGUGUGCGUGCAUGCGUACGUGCGCGCGCGUAUGUGUCAGAAAGAAGGCGCAGGAAAGGAAUAGGAGGAGGAGCAGGGGGACAUAGAAGAGGCAGACGGAGGUACGCGCGUUCAUGGUAACGAAACAAAUAGGCCGGCGACUUUCACCUCGCAACCAAGAGCAACUGUGGUGGAGGCUCAGAACAGUCGCACAGUUAAACUUGCGAUCGAAGAGUCAGCUAGUCGCUCUUCGUGGUUCGAGUAAAGGCACCUCCGUUCGUUUCUCCCAGAAACCUUUUUCGAGAAAGCAAACGGUAAUCUAAUCGCGCUUCAGGAAAGGCGUACGAGAUCCGUAUUUGGAGAAUCCAAAGAUUCGUAUGAACCAUUGGUUUGGUGCACUUUUGUGUCGCCUGCUGACUGAUAGUACUAGCGAGAUCGCAGUAGAGAUAUAACGACAAUGUAUUCCCACGGAUAUUGUUGACACACAAGAGAGAGAGAGAGAGAGAGAUCAUCGUAAGUGACUCAAGGUGCGACGAACACGCAUGUGUUGUGUGUAGCACGAGAGAAAUGCAUAGGCGUGGAUUCGACAAAAUCAAGUGACGAUAUGGUACAGCGACAACGGUCGGCCUGCGGUAUCGCUCCGACACAUCGUGGGAUUGUUUGGAUCGCGCUUUGCUGGAUCGUGUUACCUACUAAAACCGGAGCAGGUCAUAGUUAUGCAAAUAUUAAACAGAGGUACGAUGGAUUUUACAACAAUUUGGCUCACCCUGAUUGGGGAUCGGUAGACAGCAGACUAAUACGAAAAGUUCCGGCAGCAUACUCCGAUGGUGUAUAUGCAAUGGCUGGUCAAGAUAGACCAUCUCCUCGGAAGCUCAGUGAUUUGUUUAUGCAAGGUGAUGAUGGUCUACCAUCUGUGAAAAAUCGGACUGCGUUAUUUGCUUUUUUCGGACAGCUGGUCACGUCGGAGAUAAUCAUGGCCAGCGAAAAUGGUUGCCCAAUAGAAUUUCAUCGGAUCGAUGUGGACAAAUGCGAUCCGGUUUUCGACAAGGAGUGCCAAGGUAAUAAGUACAUUCCUUUCCUGCGAGCGGAUUAUGAUCGUCAAACCGGGCGCAGUCCUAACAGCCCACGGGAGCAGAUAAAUAAAGUGACGAGUUGGAUCGACGGUAGUUUCGUCUAUUCAAGCAGUGAAGCAUGGACGAAUACGAUGCGUACUUUCAAGAACGGUAGUCUUCUUAUGGAACAAACGAGACAAUUUCCCGUGAGGAACACCAUGCGCGCGCCUCUCUUCAAUCACGCAGUCCCGCAUGUUAUGCGAAUGCUUAGCCCGGAACGACUAUAUCUGCUUGGCGAUCCAAGAACGAAUCAACAUCCACCGUUGUUGGCUUUUGGAAUUUUAUUUUAUCGGUACCACAACGUCGUAGCUGCUCGUGUACAAAAGGAGCAUCCAAACAUGACCGAUGAAGAAAUUUUUCAGAAAGCUCGUCGAAUAGUCAUUGGGACGAUACAGAACAUAAUUCUUUACGAAUAUCUUCCGGCAUUGCUUAACGAGGACCUUCCAUCUUAUACUGGCUAUAAACCAGAUUUGCACCCAGGUAUCAGUCAUAUAUUCCAAAGUGCUGCUUUUCGUUUCGGCCAUACUCUCAUACCGCCAGGCAUUUAUCGGCGAAAUGAAAAUUGCGAAUAUAGAAACACCAAUACGGGUCAACUAGCUAUUAGGUUAUGCUCUACAUGGUGGGACUCAAACGAGAUUUUAGCUAAUAGCACGAUUGAAGAAUUGAUAAUGGGUAUGGCGUCGCAAUUAGCAGAGAAAGAGGAUAAUCUUCUCGGUACUGACAUUCGUAACAAUCUAUUUGGUCCUAUGGAAUUUUCGCGUAGAGAUCUUGGUGCCCUGAAUAUCAUGCGAGGUCGAGAUAAUGGUCUGCCGGACUAUAAUACUGCGAGAGUGCAUUUCAAAUUAACACAACGGAAAACGUGGAAUGAAAUCAACCCGGAAUUGUUCAAUAAGAACCCAUCGCUGUUGCGAACGCUUAUUGAAAUUUAUUCCAAUAAUCUGAACAAUGUCGAUAUUUACAUUGGUGGUAUGCUCGAAUCUAAGGAUGGACCCGGCGAACUCUUCACCACUGUUAUAAAAGAGCAAUUUCUCCGUUUGCGGGAUUCCGACAGAUUUUGGUUCGAGAAUGAAGAAAAUGGUCCAGAUUUGGAUCUGUUGUACUACUACGUGUGGAUAGUCAUUGAACGAGUGACCAAUAAGUUGAGACAUCCCAACGUGACAUCUCUCCAGGCCGCUCUCGAGGCGGCAUUCGACAAUAUGGACAAAGACGCGUUGUAA